AUGUGUUGCCAUCCGGAGGUGCAGCAGCUUCAGGAGCGGAUGGCGGCCAUGGAGGCCCUGUUUCGGGAGGGGAGUGAAAAGGAGGCGACCCGCGAGAAGAAACUUGCGCAGUUCGCGGCCUCUGCAGAGAGGGCGGAGGAGCGGCACGUGGAGGAGAUGGAGACGGAGGCUGAGAAGGCCAAGAACGCGGCGGCACAGGCGGCAGAGCUUCAUUCUGGCGAGGUGCAGCAGCUCAAGGUGCAGAUCGCCGAGCGCGAGGCAGCAGCGGAGGCUGCCAAAGAUGCGGCCGCCCAGGCGGUGAAGAGGCAGAAGGAGGCAGAGCGCGUGCGCUCGGCGGAGGCCCAGGCCUGGCAGCAGGCGGAGGCGGCGCUUCAGCGCGCCCAGGCUGAAAAAGAGAACCUGCAGAAGACCGUGGAGAAGCUAAGAGCAGAGCUCGCAGCCUCUAGUGUUCCGGCGGAGCCGCCGGCGCCCGAGCCGGACUUCCAGCUGGCAGAGCUGCAGCAGGAGUGCGCGGCGGCGAAGGAGGCGUUGAAUGUGGAGGCCCAGCGCGCCAGCGCGGCGCUGCUGAGGGCCCAGCAGGCCGAGGCCGAAGCGGCUGAGGCUGGGCGGCUAAGAGCGCAAGUGUCCGAGCUAGAGGCCGGCCUGGAGCUCGCCCGGGAGGCCGCGAUUCAGGCGGAUGCCGAGGCCGCCAAGCUCAAGGACCUCGCCAAGACCCAACUUUCAGUUCAAAGGGCGCCCCUGUUCAAAGGGCCGAGCCUCGAGAACCCACGGACACCUUCCGCAACAUGCGGCAAGAUGCAGCCGGCGACCCGCACGCCAGGUUUGCUGGACUCCCCCGCGCUAGCCCCAGCGCAGGUUUAUUCGUGGAAGACCCUCACAGCGUUUGCAGGGCGGCAAAAGGCCAUCCUGGUUGCAAGCUACCACCCAGCUUACCUGAAGGACGGCAGCCGGCAGGACCGACCUGGCUCUGGCGCCAGCCCCAAGGCGGGAGAGGAUUCCUCGAAUCGGCGAUUCGACUUCGGGGCUGGCCCCCCUCGUGAGGUGAGGAGCCUUCUGCAGCGGCUGAAGAACAAACGCAUCAGCAACGCAGAGGCCGGUGAGAACAUCGAUGGUUUCGCCGAGUCAGUGACCCUUGCCAUUACCCUCCUCUCCAAGCGAAGCCUCUUCGAAGAGGCGGCCCUGUUGGGUUUGGACGCCUGCGACUGGAAGAACGAAGGCCCUUCGAAGAAGGUGCCGGGGAACUUCAUCGUGUGCAGCGCCGCGCUGGGGGCGGCACGGCAGGCGGGAAAUUGGCAGCUUGCGCUUCAGCUGCUUCAGCAUGCAGAGACCGCGAGCAUUGAGCUGGAUGCCGGCGCCCGGGACGAGGCCUUCCGCGCGUUGCUUGCGCCCUCGCGCAUUGGAAGCGGACGCGGCGGGCCUUCGGCGCUACAGGCGGCGGAGCGCCUGCAGCCAGGGCUGCGUGCCCGCUCGGCCGCGGCGGCGGAACUCGGGAAGCAGCAGCAGUGGCAGGUGUCACUGGCUCUCCUGCAGAGCGAUCUGGAUGCCACCGCCUGGGAGGUGCUGCUGGGCGCGCUGCAGGGCCAAUGGCAGGUGGCGCUGGCGGUGCUGAGUGACAUGGAGGCCUCCGGGAGCGUCACUGGCAACGGCCUGGCGCUGGCGGCGCUGGCGUGCCUUCCUCAGCGCUGGGAGGCAGCGCAACUUCUGCUGGAGGCGGCCUGGGCGCGGCCGGAGAAGGCCCACGAGGGAUGCCUCACCCUCUGCGCCAUGAAGGGGCCCGGCGAGCGCUGGCCCUGGGCGGUCUUCCUCUUGGAGGCCAUGGCAGAACGGCAGCAGGUGCCGCUGACCACGUGCAAUGCCGCCAUCACGGUCUGCGCUCAGGCCAAGCAUUGGCAGAGGGCCUUAGCUGUCCUGGACGGCAUGCUGUCAGGAGACCGGGGCUGGAGCACUCCAGACCACAUCAGCUACAACGGCGCGUUGGCCGCCUGCGAGCGCGCCGCGCAGCCUGAGCUGGCGGCCAGGCUGCUGCAGCAGAUGUUGCGCAGCAGGACUGCGGAGGUCAGCAGUUUCAGCAGUGUGGCUGCGGCCUACGGGCGAACGACAGGCUGGCAGAUGGCCCUCGCUCUCUGCUUUUCACUCAACGGCCACGCCUUGCAGCCGGACGAGGCGAUGCGCACGGCGGCCGCGGCCUGUGGGAACCAGGGCUUCGACAAAGAGGCGGAGCUCUACAGGGAGGCACAGCCCUGGCAACGCGCGGAGCAGCUCUUGCGAGGCUUUCAGGGAGCGACCCUGACCAGCUGCUUGGACAAAGGUUUCGAGUGGGCUCGUGCGUUGCGAUCUUUAGAGGUGGAAGAGCAGACUGUGGGCUCAGUCGCUCUCAAGUCUUACGGGGCGGCCUUGUCUGCGUGCCAACGGGCCGGAGAUCUAUGGCCGCAGAGCUUGGCGUUGCUGCAGGAGGUGUCGAGGCAACGUGUGGAAACCAGCGCCAUCGCCUUGCAGGCGGCGCUGGAGUCCUGCGCAGGGGCGCCUGCGGCGCAGCCGCUGCUGGCGCCCUUGCGCCAAGCAGCGCAGCAGGAAGUGGACAAGAGCGUCCUGGUGGUGGUGUCCAACUCCCUGGAGCAGUACGGCUGCUUCGAGGCAGCCCUGGCGCAGCGGCUCCGGCGCGAGGUGUUGCGCCCCUGCGUGGCACGGCUCCGGUUUCCGGGCUCCGCCGCGGGCUCCGCCGCGGGCGCCGCGAGCCGCGGGGGGCCGCUGUCCGACACCGUGCUGUCCGCGCAGAGCUCCCUGGGGGCGCUCUGCCCGGAGCUCUUCAAGCAGAUGGCCUGGCAGGAGUCCUCGCGAGGCCGGCUGUUUGCCCGGCGCCUACACCUGGAGCAAGGCACCCCCUCGCCGGAGCGGUGGAGUUUGUCGGCCAAGUCCAUUCCAGCCUUCGUCAGCAGCCACUUGGACUCCGCGAUAACUUCCACUCGGGGCCGACUGGUGGGUCACAGGACCGUAGAUGACGAAACCUUCUUGCCAUCCGUGCUGGCGGACCAUGACCGAUCCCAGCAUGCCGAAAGACAGGCGCUGCUGUCUUUGGUGGAAGAGGCCUUGGAUGAAGGUCUGGAUCCUGCAGGACUGUCGCCUGCCGGCGCUGUGCACUUGUACAUCAGCGCGUACCCCUGCAUCUCCUGCACCGCGGUCUUCUUUCAGCUCAGCACGGCCUGGCCCAGCGUUCGCCUGCGGGUGGCGUUCGAUAGCUGGGAGGAGACCAAGCGGUGGACAGUUCAUCGCGAAGACGGCUGCGAGCACACCUGAGAUGCGGAGCCAGAACUUAUGGCAGUGCGACCGGGAGGGAGAAGGUGGGGAC